GCGUGGCCAGAGGGCGGAAGUCGCGCGGUGCCAACGGAGCCCGGACAUGGCGGGCGUGAAAGCUCUCGUGGCGCUGUCGUUCAGCGGAGCCAUCGGGCUGACGUUCCUCAUGCUGGGCUGCGCCCUGGAGUACUACGGUGUGUACUGGCCCCUGUUUGUGUUGAUAUUUUACUUCAUCUGCCCCAUUCCCCACUUCAUUGCCAAGAGGGUGGGUGAUGACAGCGAUGCAGCCAGCAGUGCCUGCAGGGAGCUGGCUUAUUUCUUCACCACGGGAAUUGUUGUCUCUGCCUUUGGAUUCCCUAUCAUCCUUGCACGGGUGGAAGCAAUCAAAUGGGGAGCCUGUGGCCUGGUGCUGGCUGGCAAUGCAGUCAUUUUCCUUACUAUUUUAGGCUUUUUCCUUGUGUUUGGCAGAGGAGAUGACUUUAGCUGGGAGCAGUGGUAGGAGCUCACUGUGGUGCUGGUAAUUCUGAAUAUUUUACAGCUUUUUCCUCCCUGUUCUGUGUAUGUAUAGAUAUUAUAAUGUGUGUGGUCUGUUAUCCACGUGGCUUUACAUUAUCACUGCAUCAUUUGCUUUUUUAAAUGCACUUCAGCCAAAGGGACAGUGCUGACAGUUGGCUUGAAGUCACUAAAAUCUGGAAUGAUUGUGAAUUUAUCCUUGAAGAAGUUUACAAAACCGGAGCAGUUUUAUCCAUUUUUCACUAUAUUUGCAUUAAUUUUUGGUUUAAUUGCAUUGAGCCAUUGGUCACUAUUCCUGUUGGGUUUUUAACCAUAUAGUAUAAAAAUUAUCCUAAUGGGGAUUGUUCAACUUGAUCAAUCUUUCUGCUUUAAUUAGGAUGAGUUUGUAUUUCAUUAAUUGUAAUUUGAGAAAAAUUGUGAUUUUUCUUAAUGACAUAAAGCCAAACAUAAGUGAUGUCAACUCUUACUGCCUAAUGAAAGCAAAAGAAAAUAACCCUGGUUAAAAACCCUUCCAUUUAUUUUUGUUUAAAGAUCAUUUUCUCCCCACA